CCCCACACUCUCUCUACGCCCCACAUUGCAGCAUUGUUUCCCGAGUUAUUCAUCCAAACACACUCAGAUCAACAUGUCGACCACCGUCUCUAUUUUCUCCGCCCCGCUGCUGCUGCUGCUCGCCAUCUUCUAUUCCUCCACCACCACCUCAGCCCAGUUAUCUCCGGUUAAAGCUCCCGCAGCAGCUCCUCCGGUAGUCUCGACAUCACCACCACCCGCGACCUUGCCGGCGCCUCCCACUUCUCUCCCGGCCACGUCUCCGGCCGCUGCUGCUCCUGCCCCGGGACUUAGCACUGUUCCCCUGGUACCGAACACGCCCAGCGCCGCCCCUGGGCCCGCAGUGGCGGUGGUCCCUAAAACUCUCUCCAUUGAUAUUGUGCAAAUACUCAGGAAGGCCAAGAGAUUCACCGUCCUUAUCCGCCUCCUCAAGACCACCCAGUUGAUCAACCAGCUCAAUUCUCAACUAGCCACCUCCGGCUCCGGCGGAUUGACCAUUUUCGCCCCUGAGGACGCCGCCUUCUCGAAACUUAAAGCAGGAUUUCUUAACUCUCUCAAUGACAGGCAAAAGGUGGAGCUUUUACAGUUCCAUACCAUUUCCACCUACAUCUCUAUCUCCAACUUCGACACCCUCACCAACCCCGUUCAGACUCAGGCCGGCGACGACCCCAAGAGGCUUCAACUUAACGUCACCAUGUACGGGGGCAACCAGGUCAGCAUGACCACCGGCGCCGUCAAUGCCUCCUUGACGGGAACCGUGUAUACGGACAACAAACUUGCCAUAUAUCAGGUGGACAAGGUGCUUCUUCCACUUGACAUCGUGCUUCCUAAGGCUAGUGCCCCGGCACCGGGCCCAGCUGCCGCAAAGGGAGACUCGCCUAAAACUGAUAAAACUAAGGCAGCCGGAGGGGAUCAGAGCGGUGGUGAUGAUGACGGUGACAGUAACGGUAAAGCCGUUCCGGCGAACAGUUCCAUGGGUCUGAAGGUAGAGGUAAUGUGGGUACGUCUUGCGGUUGGAGUUGCAUUUGUGGCGGGAGCCAUGAUCAUGUGACGAUGACAAGACAGUGAAAGUUGAAGGAGGAGGUCCAUUUUUUUUUUUUGUUCUCAUGUUUACUUCUUUGCUUUCUUAUCGUAAUCGUCUGUUCUUUCCUUUUUGGCUGUGGGGUGUGGUUUGUUUUGAUAGCAUAGUGUCAUUAUUAAUUAGGGACGAAGGCGCUAUUCGUUUGUCUGUGUGCUGGUGUUUGGAUAAAAUUUGAAUUACGAUUAAUUUGUUGUGAAUAAAGUUUUGUAAUUAACUUAA